UUUCUCAUCAUUCCUACAAUCAAACCCUGCUCUCCUCUCACCCUUCGCACACCUUACGGUUGUUGGAAAGAAUAUAAGUAAUAAAGCACACUUUUGACUUCAUUCUUCUUAUCUUUCCCCCUCUCUCACAAUUAUUUUCUCUCAUUUUCCUUUCUUUUCUCCUCUCGAAAUCCUUAUCUAAUGCUAUUGGGUGCCUCCUUGAGUACACUGGAUCGUAGCAGCUUCGUUUUUUUCGAGCUCUAUUAUCUGCUAAGGAUUUCAAGAGAGAAGAAAUCAGGAAUCGAGAAACCAUCAAUUCUUAAGACUUUCCACUUCAAAUUCAGUUUUCAUUGGAGAAGGGCAUAGGAGACCACUUGAUUACUGGGUUUUCACUUAAAUUUGAAGUUUCUUCAGCACUGUAAACCUAGUUACUACAGUGUUUCUGGGUUUGUUGAUCAGUUAUGAUGGGGUGCAAAUCUAGCAAAACGAAAGGAGGUGUUGUAGAAGUAUCUUCUCAAGGCAGGAGCGAUUCUGGGAUUGAAUCAGACUUGAGCUCCUACGAGGCUGCUUGUAGAAAUGAUUCGACUUUGCAGCAAUUUGAUGCGACCCUCCAUCAACGCACCAACGAUGUCAUUGGCACACUGGCUGCUAAUAUGGGUGUUCAAGCUUUAUCUUUUGACUCACUCAAAGAGGUCACUGGAUGUGUUUUUGAAACCAACCAAGAAGUGGUGAAAAUCAUCUUAGAAUGUCAGAGAGAUAUAUGGAACAAUCCAGACUUGUUUUCUUUGGUUGAGGAAUACUUCGACAACACUAAAAAGACUUUAGAAUUCUGCACUGCUCUUCAGAAUUGCCUCAAGCGUGCUCGAAACAACCAGUUAAUCAUUCAGUUGGCUGUUAAGAAUUUCGAGGAAGAGGUGGGUUUACAAGUCGGGGAUGAUGAGAGGAAAUUUGUGAAGACCUUAGAAGAACUAAGGAAAUUUAAAGCAGCUGAGGAGCCAUUCACUAAGGAGUUCUUUAUACUGUUUGAUUCGGUCCGUAGGCAGCAGGAAUUAAUGCUACGGAAAUUGGUAUCUCGGAAGAGAAAGCUCGAUAAGAAAAUGGAAUCUCUGAAAACAUGGAGGAGGGUGUCGAAUGUAUUGUUUGUAGCCACUUUUGUUUCGGUAUUGAUUUUCUCCGUGGUGGCAGCAGCCAUAGCUGCACCGCCUGUUGUCACAGCUUUGGCGGGUGCAAUGGCGGUUCCUAUUGGUUCGGUCGGAAAAUGGUGCAACUGGCUUUGGAAGCGCUAUGAGAACGAGCUGCAAGGGCAGAAGGAGUUAAUAAUCGGAAUGGAGAUCGGUUCCUGCAUUACAAUCUAUGACAUGGAAAACAUAAAAGUGCUGAUUAGCCGGUUGGAAAUUGAGAUGGAAUCUUUAUUGCAUAAUGCUGAUUUUGCAGUUAGAGAAGAAGAUGCAGUGAAGCUUGCAAUCAAUGAGAUCAAGGGAAAAUUAGAAGCAUUUAUGAAAACCAUUGAGGAAUUGGGUCGACAGGCCGAAAAUUGUAGCCGUGAUAUUAGGAUGGCGAGGACGGUAGUUUUGCAGAAGAUGAUGAAACGUUCUGGGAAUUCAUCAACGGGUGACAGCCCGUGGGAAGUGUAGCAAUGAGGUAAAUUUCAGUGUGUUAAUGUUGUAAUAAUUUUAUGCUGUAUUCAAGGUAAUGAAAUUGGUCCACUGGAUUUGAUCUUAUACGUAUAACAGUUGCAUUGUUCAAUUUUAGACUAUUUUCUUGUGUAGAAACAAA